AUGUUCGAAUUCAAGCAUGUCAUGAGCUUUUUAGAGGAAAUAAAGAGCGGAAAAAAAGACAUUCUUGGAGAGUUAGCUGCCAUAAUUCAUCCGAAAUUUGGCAGUCUUGAGGUAAAAAAAUGGUGCGGACGUAUCGCCGGUGUAGUCGGAGCUAGUGUAGCGGACGAAUUUGAUGACUUCGUCAGAUGGACAGAGACGCAAAUGAAAUGUGCAAGACCAGUUGCCGAAGAAGAGCAGGCAAUUUUUGUGUCCGCACUGCAUUACGCUCUUCUAGAAUUAAAAUCAAAAAGGAUUCGUCUCUCGGAUGAGCACGCUAGGGGUGUGUUGAAAGUAAUAUCAGAAUUUCUGGACUUCACCAAUUCCCACCUCGUUUUCUUUCCCGUCCUCGAUGUGUGUCGCGAGAUGGCUGAUGAUUACCCAAUGGUUUUUGAUAAUUUUUUUGAGGUAAUUUCGGGAAUUUUUACUUAGAU